AUGCAGAUUACAUAUCUAAGCUCUUCUCUCGAGGUACUAUGGAAACUACUGUGUAUUCUAGGUGAUACGUAUUAUCCCAUUGGUAAAAUAUGGAGUUUCUUCAUCUAUGUUGUGACUAUUCGUCAUCCAGAUGAUCUCGAGACAAUACUAAGCAGUACCAAGCACAUCGAGAAAGGUUUUCCAUAUAAAGUAUUACAUCCAUGGUUCGGUACAGGACUUCUCACGAGUACAGGCACUAAGUGGUAUGCGCGACGAAAGAUAUUAACACCUGCAUUUCAUUUUAAUAUAUUAAAUCAAUUUGUUGAUAUUUUAAUCAAAGAAAGCGAUUAUAUGACAAAAUCUUUGAAAGAUGUCGGAGAGACAGUUGUGAAAGAUUUAAUACCAUUUAUUAGUGAACAUACUUUAUAUGUCAUAUGCGAAACUGCCAUGGGCAUCUCUCUGCGAAAAGAGUUUCCAAAAGAGUUCCAGCAACAGUAUCGAAAUGCGGUUAACGAUAUAACCAAACUAGCGGUUUAUAGAAUAACCAGACCUUGGUACUACAGCGAUUUGUUAUUCUCAUUAUCGUCACAAGGAAGAAAACAAAAAAAAAUCUUGAAAAUAUUGCAUGGAUUUACGGAAAAAAUUAUCGCAGAGAGAAAACUUUAUCACAAACUUACCAAUUAUCGAUAUCUGAAAAAUCUUGAAAAUAAUAAAGAGGUGGAUAUAAAUGAUGUUGAAAUAUUUGGAAUUAAAAAGAAACGACUAGCUAUGUUAGAUCUUUUAAUAGCUACAUCUUUAGACUCAGAUCUCAAUAGAGACAAUCUUUUGACUGAUUUGGACAUCAGAGAAGAAGUCGAUACCUUUAUGUUUGAGGGUCACGAUACUACAGCGAUGGGUAUAACCUUUGCUUUGUUACUAUUAGCUGAACACAAAGAUAUCCAGGAACGUGUGAGAGUUGAAAUCGAUCACGUGAUGCAAGAAAGCGGAGGGAAACUUACCAUGACAGCCUUGCAAAAUUUAACAUAUUUAGAAAGAUGUUUAAAGGAAACACUACGUUUAUAUCCUAGCGUAUUUUUAAUAUUACGAAAUGUUGGAGAAGAUGUAAAACUAAAUUCAUAUAUUAUACCUGCUGGAACGAUCUUACAUCUUAAUAUUUACGGAGUUCACACAGAUCCCAAUUUUUGGCCAAAUCCAGAGGUGUUUGAUCCGGAUAGAUUUUUGCCCGAAAGGAUACACAAUCGACAUCCUUAUUCCUAUCUACCCUUCAGCGCAGGACCGAGGAAUUGUAUAGGUCAAAAAUUCGGUAUGCUGGAGAUGAAAGCUAUGAUAGCUUCUUUGGUGCAUAAUUUUUAUUUGGAACCUGUAGAUUAUUUAAAGAAUAUCCGGUUAAAGGCCGAUCUCAUAAUUCGUCCCUCUCAUCCGGUUCAUGUAAAAUUUAUCCCAAUCAUCCGUAAAUAACCGUUUAAAACUAAUAUAGAUAUCAUAUGAAUGUAAGAAAUUGAUGACAAUGUUUUAUAGGAUAAAAUGAUCCAAUAUGUAA